GCUAGCAAGCAUUCGGAAUCUGACGUGGAGGAGUUUUCCGAUGAAACUAAUACAGAGAACCUUUUUGGCGCCUCUCCCCCCAGUACACCUCGGCAGAUGAAACGCCUGUCAACCAAACACCAGAGGAAUAAUGUAGGGAGGCCUGUCAGUCGCUCCAAUUUGAAAGAAAAAACAAAUGCAUUGAACCAGCCUCCACAUAAAGACACUGGGAAAAUCGGGGAGAAAAAGAUCCGAGCGGCCAUUAGGACGACAGAGCGCGAUCAUAAGAAAAAUGUGCAGUGCUCCUUCAUGUUGGACUCAGUGAGUGGGUCUCUGCCCAAAAAGCCGAUCCCAGAUGUGGAUCUCAAUAAGCCUUACCUCAGUCUCGGCUGCAGCAACGCCAAGCUUCCCGUGUCUGUGCCCAUGCCUAUCGCGAGAACUGCACGCCAGACUUCCAGGACCGACUGUCCAGCAGAUCGCUUGAAGUUUUUUGAAACUUUACGACUUCUGCUAAAGCUUACCUCAGUCUCAAAGAAGAAGGACAGGGAGCAAAGAGGACAGGAAAAUACAUCUGCUUUCUCAUUCAACCGGUCGAAUGAGCUCAUCUGGUUAGAGCUACAAGCCUGGCAUGCGGGACGGACCAUUAACGACCAGGACCUCUUUUUAUAUACAGCCCGUCAAGCCAUACCAGAUAUUAUCAACGAAAUCCUUACUUUCAAAGUCAAUUAUGGGAGCGUUGCCUUUGUUAGAAAUGGAGCUGGUUGCAAUGGUGCCCCGGUGGAAGGACAGUGCCCGGCCCCUCACGGAACGAGGAUUGUGGGUUAUCCCACGUAUCAUGAGCAUCUCCAGCGCCAGAGGGUGUCAUUUGAGCAGGUAAAGCGGAUAAUGGAGCUGCUAGAGUACAUAGAAGCACUUUAUCCAUCGUUGCAGGCUCUUCAGAAGGACUAUGAAAAAUAUGCUGCAAAGGACUUCCAGGACAGAGUGCAGGCACUCUGCUUGUGGUUAAACAUCACAAAAGACUUAAAUCAGAAAUUAAGGAUUAUGGGCACUGUUUUGGGCAUCCAGAACUUAUCAGACAUUGGCUGGCCAGUGUUUGAAAUCUCUUCCCCUAGAUCGUCCAAAGGCAAUGAGCCAGAAGAUGAGGGAGAUGACACAGAAGGAGAAUUGAGAGAGUUGGAAAGUAGCUCGGAUGAGAGUGAAGAACAGACCUCUAAUCCAAGGGCGCCAAAAACCAGGCAGCCCCUCGACAACACUUUCUGCUUCCCGUCACAGGACUGCCCCGCCAAGAGGCUUGAGAGGCUCGAAUCGGAGGAGGACUCUGUUGGCUGGGGAACGCCGGACUGCAGCACCGAGGCCGGCUGUAGCAGACAUUGUCUGACUUCUAUUUAUCGACCAUUUGUAGACAAAGCACUGAAGCAGAUGGGGUUGAGAAAGUUAAUUUUGAGACUUCACAAGCUGAUGGAUGGUUCCUUGCAAAGGGCCCGGGUAGCGCUGGUAAAGAGUGACCGUCCGGUGGAGUUUUCUGAGUUUCCAGAUCCCAUGUGGGGCUCCGAUUAUGUGCAGCUGUCCCGGUCGCCCGCUGCUUCCGAGCAGAAGUGCAGCGCUGUGUCCUGGGCCGAGCUCGAGGCCAUGGACUUACCCUCCUUCGAACCUGCCUUCCUGGUCCUCUGCCGGGUCCUCCUGAAUGUCAUCCACGAAUGCCUCAAGCUGAGAUUGGAGCAGAGACCUGCGGGAGAGCCGUCUCUCUUGAGUAUUAAGCAGCUGGUCCGAGAGUGUAAGGAGGUGCUGAAGGGCGGCCUUCUGAUGAAGCAGUACUACCAGUUCAUGCUGCACGGCGUCCGGCACGGCCUGGAGAAGGCCGACUGCAACAUGGACGCCUUCGAGGAGGACCUGCAGGAGAUGCUGAUGGUAUAUUUUGAUUACAUGAGAAGCUGGAUCCAAAUGCUACAGCAGUUACCUCAAGCAUCCCACAGUUUAAAAAAUCUGUUAGAAGAAGAAUGGAAUUUCACCAAAGAAAUAACCCAUUACAUCCGGGGAGGAGAGGCCCAGGCUGGGAAACUUUUCUGCGACAUUGCAGGGAUGCUGCUGAAGUCCACGGGCAGCUUCCUGGAGGUCGGCCUGCAGGAGAGCUGUGCUGAGUUCUGGACCAGUGCCGAUGACAGCAGUGCUUCGGAUGAAAUCAGGCGGUCUGUGGUGGAGAUCAGCCGGGCCCUGAAGGAGCUCUUCCACGAGGCUCGGGAGCGAGCCUCCAAGGCACUCGGCUUUGCUAAAAUGCUGAGAAAGGACCUGGAAAUAGCUGCCGAGUUCACCCUUUCAGCCCCCAUUAGGGACCUUCUGGAGGUCCUGAAAUCAAAGCAGUACGUCAAAGUGCAGAUUCCUGGCUUAGAGAACUUGCAGGUGUUUGUCCCAGACACUGUCGCCGAGGAGAAGAGUUUUAUCCUGGCCUUACUCAACGCCGCCGCGGGAGGAAAGGACUGCUCCAAGGACACGGACUACGUGCUGCUGCUCGACACCCAUCUCCUCCUCACCAAGCACAGCGACCUCGCGGGCGACAGCUGGGCCACGUGGGAGGCGCAGCCUGUGAAAAUCGUGCCUCAGGUGGAGACCGUGGAGACCCUGAGAAGCAUGCAGGUGGAUAACCUUCUGCUGGUUGUCAUGCAGUCUGCACACCUCCUCAUCCAGAGGAAAGCCUUCCAGCAGUCCAUCGAGGGGCUCCUGACCCUGCGCCAGGAGCAGACGUCCAGCCAGCCCAUCAUCGCCAAGGCUCUGCAGCAGCUCAAGAAUGAUGCAUUAGAACUUUGCAACAGAAUAAGUGAUGCCAUUGACCGAGUGGACCACAUGUUCACUUCAGAAUUUGAUGCUGAAGUCGACGAAUCGGAAUCUGUCACGCUGCAGCAGUACCACCGAGAGGCCAUGAUUCAGGGCUACAAUUUUGGGUUCGAGUAUCAUAAAGAAGUUGUUCGUCUGAUGUCUGGAGAGUUUAGACAGAAGAUUGGAGACAAAUAUAUAAGCUUUGCCCGGAAAUGGAUGAAUUAUGUCCUGACUAAGUGUGAGAGUGGGAGAGGCACCAGACCCAGGUGGGCAACUCAAGGUUUUGACUUUCUGCAAGCCAUUGAACCUGCCUUCAUUUCAGCUUUACCAGAAGAUGACUUCUUGAGUUUACAAGCCUUGAUGAACGAAUGCAUUGGCCACGUGAUAGGAAAGCCGCACAGUCCUGUUACAGGUUUGUACCUUGCCAUUCAUCGGAACAGCCCCCGUCCUGUGAAGGUGCCGCGAUGCCACAGCGACCCUCCUAACCCCCACCUCAUCAUCCCCACUCCAGAGGGGUUCAGCACUCGGAGCGUGCCUUCGGACGCGCGGAGCCACGGCCCCGCCGGUGCAGGCGGCGACUCCGCGCCACCCAGACCCAACAGCAGUGCCCAUGACGCCAGGGGUUCCAGUGUCCCUGAAAACGACCGGCUGGCUUCCGUCGCAGCUGAGCUGCAGUUCAGGUCCCUGAGUCGCCACUCCAGCCCCACCGAGGAGCGAGAUGAACCAGCAUAUCCAAAAGGUGAUUCGAGUGGGUCGACCCGAAGAAGUUGGGAACUUCGGACGCUGAUCAGCCAGACGAAAGACACCGCUUCUAAACAAGGGCCCAUGGAAGCCAUCCAGAAGUCCGUCCGGCUGUUUGAAGAAAAGAGGUACCGAGAGAUGAGGAGGAAGAACAUCAUUGGUCAAGUGUGUGAUACCCCCAAAUCGUACGAUAACGUCAUGCAUGUUGGCCUGAGAAAGGUGACCUUCAAGUGGCAAAGAGGAAACAAAAUUGGAGAAGGGCAGUACGGGAAGGUCUACACCUGCAUCAGCGUUGACACGGGCGAGCUGAUGGCCAUGAAGGAGAUCCGGUUUCAGCCCAACGACCACAAGACGAUCAAGGAAACCGCGGACGAGUUGAAGAUAUUCGAGGGCAUCAAGCACCCCAACCUGGUGCGCUACUUUGGAGUGGAGCUGCACAGGGAGGAGAUGUACAUCUUCAUGGAGUACUGCGACGAGGGCACGCUGGAGGAGGUGUCCCGGCUGGGCCUGCAGGAGCACGUCAUCCGGCUCUACUCCAAGCAGAUCACCGUGGCCAUCAACGUGCUGCACGAGCACGGCAUAGUGCACCGCGACAUCAAAGGCGCCAAUAUCUUCCUUACCUCCUCGGGGCUGAUCAAGCUGGGAGACUUCGGGUGCUCGGUGAAGCUUAAAAACAACGCCCAGACCAUGCCCGGGGAAGUGAACAGCACGCUGGGGACCGCAGCGUACAUGGCUCCUGAAGUCAUCACUCGUGCGAAGGGAGAAGGUCACGGGCGUGCGGCCGACAUCUGGAGCCUCGGGUGUGUCGUCAUAGAGAUGGUGACUGGCAAGAGGCCUUGGCAUGAAUAUGAGCACAACUUUCAGAUCAUGUAUAAAGUGGGCAUGGGGCACAAGCCCCCGAUCCCUGAGCGGCUGAGCCUGGAGGGAAAGGACUUCCUCUCCCACUGCCUGGAGAGCGAGCCGCGGCUGCGCUGGACGGCCAGCCAGCUCCUCGACCACUCCUUCGUCAAGGUUUGCACCGAUGAGGAAUGACGCGAAGCCGCCGUGGCUGGUGUGCGCUCGGAAGACGUCAUCGCUACUGUAUGUAACAUUUACAUGAAGGCUGUGCUGGAAGAGCGCGGCCUCCCGCCUCCAGGCUGGGCUGCUCCUGCGGGUCGACCCGGCGCGGGGCCUCCUGAGUGACAGUGUCCACGAGGAAAGAAGCUCCAUGUUAAGUGCCAUUUCUACUGUACACGGACCGCCGCCUCGUCACCGCUCUUCGGGGACGGACCCGGGACGUCUGUAGUGCGCUGACCGCCCUGGUUCCGAGCAGGUCGCGGUCCCCGGUCCUGGCCUGUUCUCGCCUGUCGAGUGCACUGACUGUGAACCUGCCCUUUGGGCGGCGGCGGCCACAGGUCUGUCAGCAAAAGGCUGAUGAAUGAAAUUGAAGAAAAAGGCUCUUUUUUCAAUAAAUGGUUUAUUUUAGGAAA